UAACUUCACCUUUCUUAUUUUCAGGUCAUGAACCUCAAUUGUUCCCUGUGGCAGGACAACAGCAUGUCUGUGAAACGCUUUGCAUUUGCCAGAUUCUCUGAGGUCACUGAACAGUGUUUCCUUUUAUUUACCCUCAUCCUACUCAUGUUCUUAGCAUCACUGACAGGCAAUGCUCUCAUAGCCCUUGCCAUCUGGACCAACCCGGUCCUCCAUACCCCCAUGUACUUCUUCCUGGCCAACUUGUCUCUCUUGGAGAUUGGCUACACUUGCUCUGUCGUACCCAAGAUGCUGCAGAGCCUUGUGAGUGAGGCCCGAGGAAUCUCUCGGGAGGGUUGUGCUACACAGAUGUUCUUCUUUACAUUAUUUGCUAUCAGUGAGUGCUGUCUUUUGGCAGCCAUGGCUUUUGACCGCUAUAUGGCCAUAUGCUCCCCACUUCACUAUGCAACACGUAUGAGUCGUGGACUGUGUGUCUGUUUGGCGGUGGUUUCUUGGGGAGUGGGAUGCAUGGUAGGCUUGGGCCAGACCAACUACAUUUUCUCCUUGGAUUUCUGUGGCCCCUGUGAAAUCAACCACUUCUUCUGUGACCUCCCCCCUAUCCUGGCACUUGCUUGUGGGGACACAUCCCACAAUGAGGCUGCGGUCUUUGUCGUGGCCAUCCUUUGCAUUUCCAGCCCAUUUUUAUUAAUCAUUGCUUCUUAUGGCAGAAUUCUAGCUGCCGUGCUGAUCAUGCCCUCCCCUGAAGGCCGCCGAAAAGCUCUUUCCACCUGUUCUUCCCACCUACUUGUAGUAACACUCUUCUAUGGCUCAGGAUCUGUCACCUACUUGAGGCCCAAGGCUAGCCAUUCACCAGGAAUGGAUAAACUCCUAGCCCUCUUCUAUACAGUGGUGACAUCCAUGCUCAACCCUGUCAUCUACAGUUUACGGAACAAGGAGGUCAAGACAGCUCUUCGGAGAACUCUGGACAAGAAGAAUGUUUUGACUCGUGGGUAGAUUUCAGAGGACCAGACAAAUCUGCUCUUUGCAAAAGAUGCACACACAACCUAAGAGUAAACGAAGAAAGAAACAAGAAACUGGUCAACCUGUUUUUGUAAGGACCUUUAAUAACAGUGCUUGUUAUUUUGAAGACACCUCUUACUCAUAGCUAAAAGCUCUGAUUGCCAAAUUCUGGAAGGAAGUUGAUUACCAAAGAAUUUUAAUAGGUGAGUCCAGCAUUAGACAGGUUUUCCAAAAUAUUUCAGUUUAAGCUAAAGUUUAGGCAUAGAGAAUAAAUUGCUGGACUAUAGCUCAGAAACCUGGCAAAUUCCCAUUUUAUACUCCGAGGCAUUUUUAGCCCCUGAGGGGCCCAUCUGAUUUCUGCAUUCGUCACUAGGGGUAGUGUUCCCACAUAUGUCUGUCCCAUGUGACUCUUAAUUCCUAAUAACACCAUUUUGCAUAUUAUUUCCUUCAAUAAAAAAAUGUUUUAAAAUUCUU